GUUUUUGUUUUGAGCUGGGGUUUUAUGGGAAAUAACCUUUCUACCUCACCUUUGAGGCAGUGGUGGACUAAAAAUUUAAGAAUUGUGAGUGUUAAAAGGUUCGAACACACAUAUUGACCUUUAAGUAUUAAGGUUCCACCUAAAAACUAAAACGUCCAGCUAUCUUCUUAACUUAUUGAGUGUUUUUCUAAACCUUAUACCAAAUUUAAUGUAUUUUUAAUAUAAUUAUAUCUAGUCUGUAUCGAAUUUAAUGGGUGCCGGAGCACCAAAAGAUUGGCUAUAGGUCGUCCUUGCUGUGAAGUAGUGGUAUGGGUUACGUACACUCUACCCUUUCUAGACUCCGCUUUGUGGGAAUACAUGGGUAUGUUAUUGUUGUUGUUGUUGUUGAAUAAGUUGCUUUUUUUGUUAGCUAUCAAAUGACUCCUAAUUGUUUAUUAUUGUUGUUGUUUAUCAACUAUGAGACAAAGUAAUCUGACAUUUUUUAUUAUUAUUAAUCACCUACCCCACCAACCAAACAACUUGGACUAUAACUAAGUAGCCAGAUCAGUUAGAUCAAUGGUGAGUUUAUUUUCUUGAUUUUGUCAUACAAAGUCAAUCAAACUUUCCAUCAUCCUCUUCUUCAAUGGAGAAAGUGAAUUUCAGAAUAAAAGUCCUCAGCAGGCACCUAAACCAAGAAACACCAACACCCAAGUUUACUGUCCAAUCAUUUCCAUGUCUUAGCUACAAACAGCCUGAGCUUUCUGAACCAUCUGCUGUUUUCGACAUAAAAGAGAUGAGAAAACUCAUGGAUGGUCACAACUUGGAGGAAAGGGACUGGCUUUAUGGUCUGAUGUUACAAAGCAAUCUUUUUAAUCCAAUAGAAAGGGGUGGCAAAGUGUUUGUUUUCCCUGAUUACAGUCAGUCUAAGGAACAACAAAGGGAAAUUACCAUGAGGAGAAUUGGAUACCUUCUUGAACGUGGGGUUUUCAAGCGAUGGCUUACUGGUGAUGGGCCAGAAGAUGAGUUGAGGAAAUUGGCUCUUGUGGAAGGUGUUUGUAUCUUUGAUCAUUCACUUGCUAUCAAGAUUGGUGUCACGUAUUUCCUAUGGGGCGGUGCAAUCCAGUUUUUUGGUACCAAGCGACAUCAUGAUAAAUGGUUGAAGGCAACAGAGGAGUAUGUGGUCAAAGGUUGCUUCGCGAUGACAGAAUUGGGGCAUGGAAGCAAUGUUCGAGGUAUUGAAACAGUCACAACAUAUGAUUCAAGCACCGGAGAGUUUGUCAUAACUACUCCAUGUGAAUCAGCUCAGAAGUAUUGGAUUGGAGGCGCAGCUAAUCAUGCAACACAUACGGUAGUUUUCUCUCAGCUCAUCAUUGAAGGGAAAAAUCAAGGUGUCCAUGCUUUUAUCUGUCAGAUCAGAGAUGAGAAUGGAGACAUUUGUCCAAACAUUCGUAUAGCUGAUUGUGGUCACAAGAUUGGCUUGAAUGGAGUCGACAAUGGCAGAAUCUGGUUUGACAAUGUUCGCGUACCCAGAGAAAAUUUGUUAAAUUCUGUGGCGGAUGUGUCUCCAGAUGGAAAAUAUCUUACUGCUAUCAAGGACCCUGACCAGAGGUUUGCAGCAUUUUUGGCGCCAUUGACAUCUGGUCGUGUGACAAUUGCAGUUAGUGCAAUUUACUCAGCAAAGGUUGGUUUGGCAACUGCAAUAAGAUACUCGCUGACAAGGAGAGCGUUUUCAGUUACUCCUAACGGACCAGAAAUUCUUUUACUUGAUUACCCAAGUCAUCAACGGCGGCUUCUUCCUCUUCUUGCAAAAACAUAUGCAAUGAGCUUCGCUGUUAACUACUUGAAAAAGAUAUACGUCAACAGAACACCUGAGAUGAACAAAGUGAUUCAUGUUGUUUCAAGUGCAUUCAAAGCUAUUGCAAGUUGGCAUAACAUGCGAACUCUUCAGGAAUGUCGUGAAGCCUGUGGAGGCCAAGGGUUGAAGACUGAAAAUCGGGUUGGCCCGCUAAAAGGUGAAUUUGACGUGCAGUCUACUUUCGAGGGUGACAACAAUGUCCUCAUGCAGCAGGUUAGCAAGGCACUUUUUGGGGAAUAUGUGGCAGCCAAAAGGAGUAAGAAGCCAAUCAAAGGAUUGGGAUUAGAACACAUGAACGCCUCUCGUCCCAUUGUACCUUCGCAACUCACAAGUCAUACGAUGAGGCAAGCCCAAUUCCAGAACGACAUAUUCUGCCUACGUGAACGAGACCUUUUGGAACGUUUUGCUGCUGAAGUUGCACUAUGCCAGGCACAGGGAAAAAGCAAAGAAUAUGCUUUUACUUUGAAUUAUCAGCUUGCUGAAGACCUGGGGAGAGCCUACUCAGACCGAGCAGUUCUCCAUACUUUCCUCGAGGCAGAGGCAUCCGUCACAUCUGCGCCCCUUAAGAAUGUUUUGGAUCUCGUCAGAUCGAUGUAUACUCUGGUCACCCUAGAAGAGGAUGCUGCAUUCCUCCGAUACGGCUACUUGUCCACUGACAAUGCUGCAAUGGUGAGAAAAGAAGUUGCAAACCUUUGCGGUGAACUAAGGCCACAUGCUCUUUCCUUGGUCAGUUCCUUCGGCUUACCUGACGCCUUCUUGGGCCCAAUAGCUUUCAAUUGGGUUGAAGCCAACGCUUGGUCUUCCGAACAAAACUAACUCGACGUUCAUAGAUAUACUACAGGGAGUAAACAGACAUCACAACAAGCCUUAUUCUUGCAACUAAUGUGCUUGCCAUGAAUAACAAUAGGCUAUUUUGUAUUGUUCUUUCUCAAAAAAAUAAGUAUAUUUCACCUUUAUUGUUUCAUCAUGAAGGGACAUAUACAUUUACUCAUAAACAAAGUGUUGUUUGAUCCUUUGGUA